UGGGAGAGCUCCAAAGUAUUUCGAGUUUCAUUUAACAAAAAGAAGCAAAUUUUUCGUUUUUUUUUCUAUUUUUCUUUGCCAAAUUUCUGUGUGAUUUUGUUUAUAAACAAUGGCCAGCUCGAAUGUGUCCGACUGGGAUGAGCCGCUGCCGACAUCGUCGAGCGAGGAGGUGGAGGAGGAGGAUCCGGACUACUGCAGUCCAAGCAAUCGCCAGCAGAGGCAGCAGGAGAACGUGGACAAGUUGCGUUCGUACGUGCGCCGCAUGGCCUACCAGCCAUCCAUGCCGCCCAAGACACGACCCGGCGAUGUGGCCAGAUCGCAGCCCAAGAAGAAUCAGCUGAUCGACACGUACGCACAGUUCAAGGACUUCUACAACCCCAAGAAGCGAGCCACGCGCAUCAAGCGGCUGCUGGGCAAGUACAAUGCCAUAACCACAGAACAGCUGGCUGAGGUGCUCAGGAGCAAUGAGACAAAGGAGCGGCGCAAGGAGGACUUCUUGAAGCGCAAGCAGGAGCUGUACUACAGCAUGCUGACCAAACUGGAGCGCCAGUGUCGCACACAGUACCUGAACGUGCUCAUCAAGAAGUUUGCCAAGUUCAUCACCCAUUUGGCCACCACAAUGCGCAUACCACCGCAGCUGGUCGAUCCCUAUGCCCGCAUGCAGCGCGGCAUCUUCUGCAACGUGCUGCUGGCCAUCGGGGUCCAGCCGGCCUCCCAAUCGGCCAUCUACUACACCAGCGAGGAUGCCAUCGAGUAUGAUGUGUGCCAUCGCCUCGCUCACGCUCUGCUCAGUCUCGUGAUCAAGGCCUUGGACUCGGCGGCCGCUCGCGAUCCCAACGAGCUGGUCAGGUCCGUCGAGUUGGACCUGGAAAUGGACAAUCACAUCAAGCGUCGCCUCAUGUGCGCUGCCGAGAAGAAGAUCGCCUACGAGCGUCGUCGCAACAGGCAUCAGUCGGCAUACAAGAAGAGCUCCAACAAUAAGUGCCAAGUCCCCGAAUGCGAGUAGCCAGUAGUCAGUCAGGU